AUCGGCACACUGGGUGCCAUGCCAAAAGAUCUCAGCCGGCAUUUGGAAGCAAUAAACAUUGACAAAUUUACGAUCUGCCAACUGCAAAAGGCCACCUUACUGGGAUCUGCACACAUCAUUCGAAAAUACAUCACACAGUCCUAAACACUUGGGAAGUGUUCGUCUUGUGAUCCAACAUAUUUAUUUAUUUAUUUAUUUCCAUCAUUUCUAUUCUGCCCUUCUCACCUGAAGGGACUCAGGGCGGCUCACAAUCUGGCAAAAUUCAAUGCCAAUAUACAAUACAAAAAGAUAAAACAUAACCAAUUAAAACAAUUAGAUAAUUUAACAAAAUACAAUAAAUAGAUUUAAAACCAUACAUUAUAAAAUACUUGAGCCAUUCGUCCACAUAUAUAUCUCGUUUGCUGUGUCAUACUAUAUCUGUGUGAACAACAAUAACAACAAUAAUAAUAUAAAACCUUUUCUAUAUUCUGCCCUAUCUCCCCGGAGGGACUCGGGCAGAUUCCAAACAUUCAGUGCCUGAGCACAAUAACAAUACACCCAUAAUAACUAAAAUUGACAACCAAAUAUAUAAGAACAAAUUAUGACUUAACUAAAAUUUAAUUAAAAAUGCAAUCUGUUAUAUCAGACAUAAAACAUCAAACAGAAGCAUCAAAGAUACAUAGCAAAAAUUGUGUGUUUUUGGGUGGCUGGAACGGAUUAAUAGCAUUUCAGUUCAUUUCAAUAGGGAAAGAGCAAUUAGAGUGAAAAGCUCAGUCACAGAACGAAUUAAACUCCUAAGUUCAAGGUAUCACUGUAUUCCACUCAUGAAAAGCUCUUACCAUCAGGAUAUUCACUUACUGAAUAGUCAAAUACAUACUAAAUGCACCAGCAAAAGGGAGGGAUCUUGAGGCGGCUGCCUCACCAUUUGCCUCUUCUUGCUUAUGCAGUAUUUUAAAGACAAUAAAUUGUAAAACAAUAUGAUUUCUAACAGCAUAAAAGCUUUCUUUGUGUUUGUGUACACUCAGGAAUUAAUGCAGGUUGAUACCACUUUAAUUGUCAAACUUCAAUGCUAUAGAAUCCAGAGAACUGUAGGUUUGCAAGGUCUUUAGUCUUGAGUUGCUGUGAGUUUUCCAGGCAGUAUGGCCAUGUUCCAGAAGCAUUCUCUCCUGACGUUUCAGACCUCACUUCUGAGGAUGCCUGCCAUACAUGUGGGUGAAACAUCAGGAGAGAAUGUUUCUGGAACAUGACCAUACAGCCCAGAAAACUCACAGCAACCCAGUGAUUCCAGCCAUGAAAGCCUUUGACAAUAUCUCUUUAGUUUUCUUUGCUAGUGCCUCACUAAACGACAACUCCCAGGAUUCCAGAGCAAUGAACCAUAGCAGUUAAAGUGCCAUGAAACUGCAUUAAUUCUAUAGUGUAGAUGCACCCUUCUAUAGCAAAUUAUUUUUUUUUCAGGCUUGCCAAUAGACAAAAGAAGAACAUUUUGAUUUGGGUGUAAAAAACGUUUUGCCCCGUAAGAUAUUUUGGCCUACAACUACAAUUCGUUGUAAUCAGCAGAGCAAAUUAUGGGAGUUUUAGACCAAAAUAUCUGGAAAGCCAAAGGUUUUUCCCUCUUUCUUGGUGGUUCAUCAAUUUUCAUUCCAAACAGGAUGGCCAUAGGUUUAUUGAUCAUAAUUGGAUUUUUUGAAGUCAACAUAUAUUGGGUUGCUGUGAGUUUUCCGUGCUGUAUGGCCAUGUUCCAGAAGCAUUCUCUCCUGACGUUUCUCCCACAUCUAUGGCAAGCAUCCUCAGAGGUUGUGAGGUCUGUUGAAAACUAGGCCAGUGGGGUUUAUAUAUCUGUGGAAUAAUGUCCAGGAUGGGAGAAAGAAUUCUUGUCUGUUGGAGGCAAGUGUGAAUGUUGCACUUGGCCAUAUUCUUUUUUCUUCAUUCCUGAAGUUUGCUAUAAAGUUCCACUGUGUUCUUUGUAUUUGAACUCUGUAUUGCACUUCUCGGAAAAAUAACAAAUAUCAGCUGAGUUACUGCAUUUCCCAAAUUCUGGGGAACUGAACCUUGGUGUCCCAAGACUUAGUCCAAUAUUCAUAUAACUUCAUGAAGGGUUGUUGUAUGUUUUCCGGGCUGUAUGGCCAUGUUCUAGAAGUAUUUUCUCCUGACGUUUCGCUCACAUCUAUGGCAGGCAUCUGAGGAUACAACAUACAAAAUAAAAACAUACAACAACCCUGUGAUCCCGGCCAUGAAAGCCUUCGACAACUUCAUGAAGCUCUAGUGUUUUAAUGAUUUCAGUAUGACUUCUUGGUAGGGCGAAAAUGUUGUCCACGCUUCUUUGAGCUGAAAUUUAGAACUGUGUGUGCAAAUAUUAAUUCAAAAUAUUGUCUCAUUUGGAUAUAUUUUCUCUUUUUGAGUAUGUUUUUCCAAAUGGUUGUCAUUUGUGCUAUCUCCUUCCACCCUGCUGUUCUCCCGUAGAGUGUCUCCUCAAGGCUGGUCACUCGCCUACCUGGGCUUUCUGGGUUCAUCUCCUUGGCACCAGGCCUUCUGUUACAUUGCCCGUAGCGGCAGAUGGCAUUCCAGAACUCGAGAAGCCCAACAACACGUCCUCCUUGAGUUGACCUCUUGGGGAGUUGAAUUUGGAGACUGUUGUGAGCGAUUUGCAUCUGGAGGUAAUACAGUUGGCUUAUGAAUUACACAAGGGCUCAGUUCAGAACCCUUUCAUAGACUCAUAGAGUUGGAAGAGACCUCAAGGGCCAUCCAGUCUGCUAUGGAUGUUUGUUGCCACCAAAUUAUAUAGCCCUCGUACAACGGGUAGCAGUCAGAUUGAUAACUGGGGCGUGGCAUACAGGGAGCGUACUACUACUCUGCUAAGCCACUGGCUGCCAAUAUGCUCCAUGUCAACUCUAUACUCCUCUUGAUGCAGCCUAGAAUUGCAUUGGCCUUUUAAAUUGCUACAUACCCUGUUUCCCCUAAAAUAAGACAUCCCCAGAAAAUAAGACCUAGUAGAGGUUUUGCUGAAUUGCUAAAUAUAAGGCCUCCCCUGAAAGUAAGACAUGCCCACCAAACACAACACCAGAGCAUGCAGGAUCGGUAAAUGUAUGUACCAUAAAGUGUUGUACAUGGAAAUAUUAGUAGUAACAAUAAAUUCUUGUUAGGAUUCAGUUUGUCUGGUUAUGCUGGUUUAUGAUGACAGCUACAGUACAGUAUAUAAUAAAUGUUCAUUUUUUUGUUCAACAAUAAAUGUGAAUUCUUCUUCAUGGAAAAAUAAGACAUCCCCUGAAAAUAAGACCUAGAGCCUCUUUGGGAGCAAAAAUUAAUAUAAGACACUGUCUUAUUUUCGGGGAAACACGGUAACACUGCUGACUCGUUGAGUUCCUGGUCUAGCAAUACUCCUAGUCUAAUGUGUUGUCGAUGGCUUUCAUGGCUGGAAUUAUUGGUUGCUGUGAGUUUUCUGGUCUGUAUGGCUAUGAUCCAGAAGCAUUCUCUCCUGACGUUUCGCGCAUAUCUAUUGCAGGCAUCCUCAGAGGUUGUGAAGUCUGUUGGAAACUAGGCAAGUGGGGUUUAGAUAUCUGUGGAGUGUUCAGGGUGGGAGAAAGAACUCCUGUCUGCUUGAGGCAAGUGUGAAUGUUGCAAUUGGCCACCUUGAUUAGCACUGAAUUGCCUUGUCAGACUACACAGAGAAACCAUUGGAAUCCAUAAGCAUGUGGACAAUUUCAACAGAAUUGAGGAAACCAUGAAAGGGAACAAAAUCUGGCUACCAGUGUUUUAAAAACUCUAAAAUCAGGACAGUAAAUAAAGAACAACACUCUGAAAAUGGGAAUUCCAGACAGGAAACAAUCGGGGCCAGUGAACACCUCCAAACAAAGGAUUUUCCCAGGCAGGGAGCAGCAGAAUCAAGAUGCUUUCGUGGCUUCUUUUUUAGAUUAGCUCAAUUUCACAGCCCAUAUUUUUUGCUUUUAAUCCAGAGAAGAAAGGGUUACAAGCACAGAGCUCUCCUUCCUAGAGAUCAAUGUGUCAGGAAAAGAUGCAAAGCUCCUUCCUGCUUCCUGUCCUCCUCUCAUCACAUAGUGGGAGUCUGACUUGUAAAUAUCUAAUUAAUAUAUCUAUUUUAUCUUUUGCCAGCCUGGAAAAGAGAGCAACUACAGAGGCGUUAAGAGGUUUCAGGAAAGUUUGCAAUGCAAGGAGAAGGUGAGUUGAAGGAGGCUGUGUAUGUGUUUCAGAGAGAGAGAUUGGGAUUCAGGAAAGGAAGAAAGCCAUGCUUUGGAGAGAAUUGACAAUCAUGAUUUUCGUAUCUGUGAUCUGUGGGUCCAUCUACACUGUAGAAUCAAUGCAGUUUGAUACCUCUCUAACUGCCAUGGCCCAGUGCUAUGGAAUAAUGGGAGUCGUAGUUGGGUUGCUGUGAAUUUUGGGGCUGUAUGGCCAUGUUCCAGAAGCAUUCUCUCCUGACGUUUCACCCACAUCUAUGGCAGGCAUCCUCAGAGGUUGUUGCGGUCUGUUGGAGACUAGGAAAGUGGGGUUUAGAUAUCUGUGGAAUAAUGUCGAAGUUGGGAGAAAGAACUCUUGUCUGUUGAAGACAAGUGUGAAUGUUUGAAUUAAUCACCUUGGUUAGCAUUGAAAAGCCUUGCACCUUCAAAGCCUGGUGGAAUCCUCCAUUGGGAGAUGUUAACUGGCCCUGAUUGUUUCUUGCCUGGAAUUCCCCUGUUUUUGAGCUGGUUAAGUAGCCAGCUGCACUAAAUCACUCUGACUAAGAGGUCGUGAGUUCGAGGCCAGCCCAUGUCAGGGUGAGCACCUGACAAUUAAAAAAAAAUAGCCCCUGCUCGUUGUUGACCCAAGCAACUGAAAGAUAGUUGCAUCUAUCAAGUAGGAAUUUAGGUACCGCUCUGCGGGGAGUCAAAUUUAAUUAAUUUACGACACAAUAAAACUCGUUGCCAUUAUAUGUGCACAUUGUGAUCCGCCCUGAGUCCCCUUUGGAGUGAGAAAGGCAGAAUAUAAAUACUGCAGAAUAAAUAAAAUAAAUAAAAAUCUGAGGCUGAUAGUGAAUGAAUCCGUAUGGUUUUUAAAGAGAGGUUGGAUAGUUAUCUGUCAUGAUGAAAUAUGAUAGAUGGUUUUAAUGAACUGUAUGAAAGGUGUAUGAAUGAGACCUAUUGAUUUUGAAGACACAAUUCUAAGGAAUUAAGGCCUGCAAUGCCAGAAUCAUUAACUACACUCAUGGACUGUAAUUUAAAAUUGCUGGUGAGACCUGUGUGUGAAUGCUGAGUAAAAAUAUAAUCCCCCUUUGUUUGUUUAUGAGCCAAUGUGACUGCAGGUGGUCGUGAUUCCAAUGGAGUUACCGUAUAUACUCGAGUGUAAGCCGACCCGAAUAUAAGCCGAGGCACCUAAUUUUACCGCAAAAACUGGGAAAACUUAUUGACUUGAAUAUAAGACAAGGUGCCGAAGAAAAUGAAAACCGAGCUGGAAGACCAAGACAGAGAUGAAAAGGGGAAAAGGACAGAGAUGGGACAAAUUGCCUGUGUCGAUAUCGUACAAGGGACCAAAGAGAAGCUCCCAGCUGCGGUGAAGCAAAUGAAGCAGGAACCAGGGAAUGAGGAAGAGUGGCCAGAACAGUACUGGGAAGCCAAAUGGCAGGACUUCCUGAAGACCUUGCAGGCCCCUUAUUUAGGAAGGAGUUUCCCUCAGCUGUCUCCACCUCACUCUGUGGAAGCCUCCAAGGAAUGUCAAGCCGUCUUGAAGGAAGGUGCAGAGCCCAUCCUGUGGCCUGGAGGUUUGAGCCAACCCCUGUCAGGCCUCAGCAAAGACACACAAGAGACACUCAACAUCAGCCCGGAUGUCACGGUGAAAGUGAAGGAAGAGAUUCCAGAUGAGGAUACUGUCAGUUUGGAGGAACAGCGCCAACGGUUCAGGACAUUCGGCUACCAAGAAGCCGAAGGGCCCAGAGAUGCCUGCAGGCAGCUCCAGGAACUUUGCUCCCAAUGGCUGAACCUAGAAAGGUGCACCAAGGAGCAGAUCUUGGAGCAGGUGAUCCUUGAGCAAUUCCUGACCAUCUUGCCAGAAGAAGUGCAGAGCUGGGUCAGGGAAGGCGGGCCAAGGACCUGCGCCCAGGCGGUGACCCUGGCAGAAGACUUCCUCCUGGGACUGAAGAGAAGGCAAGGGCAGGAGCUAGAAGCUUUUCAGGAAGUGAUUGUCCGUUCUCCCAAGAUGGAACAGGAGCCAUCAGAUGCGGAAGACAUGGACCUCUUCAUGGACGUUGAACCGGACGGCGAUGGGGACUCAAACUUGCUCACACCUGAUGCAAUGAUGAAAGAAGAUGAAACUCCACAGUCGGAGAGAUCCAGGUCUCUUAAAUCCACCGGAAUGACCAUGGGGAAAUUUAUCCACAAUUCUCCGUUUUCAGGAAAUGGGGAAAAGACGCAUAUUCUUCAGCCUCGGAAGGUCGAUGCAAAUGAAAUCUCACUGGAAAUACCUGAAGGGACACACUUGCACGUGCCUAGAGUGGAGAAAAGGCCUGUAAGUGAGCACGGGUUGCAAACCCUUCAGGAAAACCCUUUGGUGAAGAUGCUAAGGCAGCACGUCGGCGGCAGGGAGGAAGGCAGACUGGAUUUCAACACAAGCCUCUCCCAAGAUAGAGCCACCGAGUACCUGCUGGAAAAUACCGGCAUCGUCUCUGGGCCAAGCUUCGCCCCAAGCACAAAUCUCUUCCUGCCUGCCAUGUUGCAGGGAUAUGAGUGCUCAUACUGUGGCAAGCGGUGGCAGUGCCGAUCUGAGCUCCUCCGGCACCUCAGAACCCACACCGGCGAGCGGCCACACAAAUGCUCCGACUGCGGGAAGAGCUUCAGUACCAGCUCGCACCUCAUCCAGCACAAAAGGGUGCACACGGGCGAGAGGCCGUACAGCUGCAAAGACUGCGGGAAAAGCUACCGGCGCCGGGCCUCCUUGGUCCAACACGAGAGAGAAAAGUGCCAGAAGGGAAGCCCCUUGAAUGCUCCGGCACUACCGGUGGGUUACGUAGUGUUAGGGAACUGCACUUUGCUGUGCAUGAAGAAGACGGCGCAAGGCAGGAGGAACCGGGCGAUUGCUCCGAAGGGUGGGGAAGCACCUUUGGCAGGUCAGCCAUUAAAUAUUUUAACAGAUAUUUAUCCUCAAGAGAGGAGUGACACUGACCAUUAAAGAACGAGGUAAAAUCCCCCUACAGACGGGAGCUUGCUCGAUGGAAGACAUGGGAAAGAGAGCAACCUGGAGAACGGCGACAAUUAAUAGUUCUAAAAGCAUGAUACUUGUGAGUGUCGGUUCUAGCAGUCCACAGAAAAGGAAGAGGCUCGAACAAUCCCAGAAGGGAUCACAAAAGGACAAUAAUAAUAACAACAACAACAAAGGAGCUUUCCCAAGUGUGCUGAAAACGGUGUGGCUUCUAUAUGAUGUGUUCCAAAUGGAAGUGCUCUUGAUCACCACUUUAGAACAACAAUACAGAGAAUAAGCAAGAAGGGACUAUUAUCAAUCUUCAGCGGGCUUGAGUCGGCUCCCACCCGACCCCGACCCCUACGAUAGCUGCUGCUCACCCUCGCCAACUCCAUCUCCAAUCGCGGGUCGGAAUUGCUGGGGUAAAAAAGGGGUUUUCAGCUGACCGACCUCACCAUCAUGUUGUUUCUAACACAGGCAUGGGCAAACUUUGGCCCUCCAGGUGUUUUGGACUUCAACUCCCACAAUUCCUAACAGCCUACCGGCUGUUAGGAAUUGUGGGAGUUGAAGUCCAAAACACCUGGAGGGCCAAAGUUUGCCCAUGCCUGCUCUAACAACAUCAAGCAGAAACUCAGACUUUACAGAUAAUGUGAUCAAGGACAGCCCAGCUGUCUUGACAGAAUGCUCUAUUAGUGAACCCACAACAAACAUGAAAGAACAACCCCCUAAUAUGUGCGAUCUGAUGGGACUGACCUUGCAACUUAUUUUUAACCAUAUAGAGGACCUUAAUAGGAAACUGGACUAUCUAUAUGACUAUGUAUCCUUAAUAGUUAAGGGCAACUUAGAACAGCUGAACACCAGGGUGGGAGAGGCUGGGGGCAACAAGGGUCUCGAGGGUGAUUACUGUAAGGCUGUAUCUCCUACUGACUACAGAGUCGACAACAGGGGGAUUCGAUUGCCAAUAUCCCAGCUAGGAACCCUUGCACAACAGCAAAUGCUACAACCAGAAAGGCUGGCCAUAGAGACUCAAACAGUUCACAUCAAAUAAAUGGCAAAAUUCAGUGCCUCGCAAAUAAUAAACAGAGCCGGUCCAACAAUGAGGCGAAUUAAGCGGUCGCUUCGGGCACCAAACAUACGGGGGUACAGUCGAGACCACUUUUUCUGUUUGUUGUAAAACAUGAUGUUUUGGUGCUUAAUUUGUAAAAUCUUAAUGUAAUUUGAUGUUUAAUAGGCUUUUCCUUAAUCCCUCCUUAUUAUCCAACAUUUUUGCUUAUCCAACGCUUUUAUUUUUCAAUGAUUGUUUUGGAGGGGCGCCAAAAUUCUGUUCGCCUACACUUGAAAAAUACCUAGGGCCGGCUCUGAUAAUAAAACAGUGCAUUACUCAUUUUAAACAAUGGCCUAUCAUUAUAAAUUAAACCACGAAAACUAUAAAACAUCAGAGAUAGACAUAAAGCAAUUUAAAAUUGCAUUGAUCCCGAGGUUGUCCUCUCUGCCACGCUGUUGUUGUCAGUCUCAGGGUUGAGAAAACAAUAAAGCAAUAAAUAACUAUAAAGAACGAAAUCUCUGCUCAAAAUACUCUGGGGCGCAAAAGUUUCUUUCUAAACAAUUUGAAACAAGGGUGUUGUGGUGCAGCUCACACGAACCCUAGGCUACACAUCGUAAACAGCUAUGGGCAUUGCAGUACAGUAACUGGAAAGCCACAAAUUCUGCCAUGGUUGGCUUCAGAUGUGCUAAAUUGAGCAUUAGCCUAUUAGCCAAGUGUCAUAGCCAGUCUUCCUUGUUUUUCCAGGUUCAGUGGAGCAUUAAACAUUGCUGAUGGGUUUAUUUAACUUAGAAGUGGAGUGUGUGUGCUGUGUUUAUGAGAUACAAGACAUAAAUGUUGUUCUGAUCAAAUGGACAUUUGUUCACACUCUGGAAAAACUAGCUGUCUGUAACUAAGCCUUGAUCAAUUAUUGUUAAUUGACCUUGGAGCUGAAAUAAAUAUUCAAAGUUUGAAA